AUGAAGGCAAGUUUAAGCCCCUCCCUCAGACAGGAAAUAGCCCUAUGCAAUAAGCAAAAGAGCAACAAGCGAUGUAUCCUCAUUUCGCUAAACAAAAAAUUUCAAUUCACAUUGGAAGGGUACACAGAACAGAAGGAAAAUCCGACCGACGAUUUGGAAAGUAUAAAAGGCCUAUUAAAUGACGACCUUGUUUUCAUACUCUACAACGCUGCAAUAUUUACAGCUAAAUAUAAAUGGAUCCUUAUCCUAUGGUUCCCCGAUAAAUCAGUAGCAACCGAAUUGAGAAAGCAAAAAGAAUCUACUGAAAACGUUGACUGCGAUAAAAAGUACAGCCAGGUGACACAGAUGAAUAGGUUAAUUUAUUGCACUUUAAAAAAUAACCUCCUUCAUUAUGUGGAGGAUGAGAGGGAAGUGGCAAUGGAGGAAGUACACAAUUUGGAGGAGCUGGAAAAAUGCAUAAAGGCCAGUCUGAACAACUGUUUAACCCCAGUUAGCACGACGCAAAUAUGUAAAGGGAAUGUAUUUCCCCAUUUAAGUGUUACGAAUUUUCUGCACAAUUACUAUUUUCUAAAUGAGCAAAUGAAGCAAUGUUGUGAAGGCUUAAAUGAGGAAGGUGAUGAUCUGUCUAAGCAUCUCGAUUUGCUCGCCAAGGAAAAUAACACUUGUAUCGUUUUGCUCACCAUAGAUGUUAACAAAUACAAACUGACUAGCCGUUUUGAGAAAAUAGAAACGAUCGAAACAUUUCUUCAUCUAACAAAGGACCUACAUAUUCUUUAUGUCCUUUACAAAACAUCUGACACGUAUACUUGUUUCUAUCUCUGCCAUAGUGAUCGGUGCACCACGAGAGAAAAAUUUGUUUACUCAUUAUUCAAACCACAUUUAAUCAAAAUUUUGAAAAAAAAAAAUAUUUACAUUUUUUUAAGUGUCGAAAUGGGUAAGCUUAAACAUCUGGUAGAUUUUAUCCGAGGGGACAUAACAACGAAGAAGGAAAUUUCUACAAAAAAUGCACCUCCUGACAUAACCCCCAAAAGGAAAAUUAGCACAAAUCAUUCAGUCUUUGUUGGAAAAAAAAACUAUUCUAGCCAUGCACAGAUCAGUGCGGCGAAGGAGUUACUUCCCAUUGUGGAGAAUGAUUCUAUUAGCAGGAUGAGUAGGACGAAUGAUCAAUCUGGAAAUGGGCCAAAGCUGCAUAAGAAACACUCGUUUACAUCUAGAACUAUUAACGUGUUUUCCCUGAAAAAGAGGGAAUCCAAAUCCAACAACACACAGACAGAACAACCCACUUGCGGGAAAGCAAAUAAAAUGCAACAUGCACCACUAGGGGAAAUAAAACAAACGAGUACCUCCACAUCUACCAGCGAAAACAUAGGACCAAAGUUAAUUAAAAAAUUGUCCCUAUCAAAAUCGUAUAAUUUGAAAAAAAAAACAUCCAUCACAAGUAACACGGAAAAGAACUUUACAGAAAGAAAGAAAAAUGAACCCUCAACUAUGAUGGUCCAAACUAAAUCUUUAACCCCCCACAAGGGAUUGUCUACCUCUGUCGAGUUUAAAAAAUUACCCUCCUUGUCUAAACAGAAAUCACUACAACUUGACAAGAAAAAAAGCUUAACAAAAAGAGUUAAAGGGAAAAGCACUGCUUCAGAAAAGUGA